AUGACGACGUACGUUGGAUGUCGUCUGUACAGCUCCUGUGCUAUUUUUCUAGUGUGUUCUGUUGUUGGAAUGUGGAGCGUUGGCGGCGUUGGAGCAGCAGACUGCAGCCAGCUUCCCUGCCUGAACGGUGGCCAAUGUGGCUUCGAGACCGGUACCAACACCAGCCUGACAUGCCAGUGCCCCCCUAGCCACUGCGGUGACCGCUGUCAGUACCAAUCCGCCUGCAUGAACGGCGGUACUUGCCUUGUUCGCUCCGAAACGGAGCACGGUGUCACGCUGUCCUGCGAGUGCCCAGCCAACUACACCGGCCAACAGUGCGAGCACCUCCACGCCUGCACCUCCAACCCCUGCCCGCCGGACCGGCGCUGCGAGGUGGACGUCUUCAACAAUUACCGUUGCGAUUGCCCGUGGGUCGGCUACCACGGGGCCGACUGUGACAUAUUCGACGCGUGCUCUCAGUCGCCUUGCCUGAACAACGGCACAUGCGCCUUCGCUGGGAGCAAGAGUUAUCGAUGUGAUUGCAAUCCGGACGGGACAAUCACCGGUUACUACGGUAUCAACUGCGAGCUGCACGACCCUUGCCUGGCGUCCCCCUGCGAGAACGGCGGCACGUGUCAGCAAGACUUGCCAACACCGACCGGGGGGAGCACCGGCUUCAACUGCUCCUGCGAUGACCGGCACUACGGAGACCUCUGCCAAUACGAAGACGAGUGUCUUUGCUCCCCCUGCCUGCAUAACGGGCAGUGCUUGCCGCUGGACACCGGAGGCUUUGAGUGCGAUUGCGCUAACGGGUACUUUGGCACGACUUGCUUCCACUCAGUCUGUACUUUGCAUUUCUGCUGGCAUAACGGCACCUGUUUCCUCGACGACUCGGGCCUUCCGCAUUGCCGCUGCCCGGACGAGUACUACGGCAGCCAGUGUCAGCUGCUCAACCCCUGCCUGCAGGACAACCCGUGCCAGAACGGAGGCAACUGCACCAAGGUCCAGGGGGUCCGCUUCGACUGCGAGUGCCCGGUGGGCUGGACCGGCUUCUUGUGUUUUUUCUCAGACCCAUGCGUUGGCAACUCCUGUCAGGCGAACCAGACCUGCGAGCCAGACCCUUUGUACUUGUCCUACACCUGCACCUGCAAGUCGGACGGGUACAAGGGAUCUACGUGUACCGACUACGAUUCCUGCACCGACCAGCCAUGUCAGAAUGGAGGUCGGUGCGAGUACUUGAGCCACAUGAGUUACUACUGCGAUUGCAAACCGGACGGCUUCCCGACUGGUUACUACGGCAAGAACUGCGGGGAGCGGCGCCCGUGUCCGGAAGAGGUACCGGCCGCCUGCUCCAACCACGGCGUGUGCGAGUACAAGGACGCCGAGCCCGGAUACGAAUGCGUACAGUGCGACGGCGGCUUCUACGGCAAGUCUUGUGAGCGCUACGACGGCUGUCACGACACGCCGUGCCAGAACGGCCAGCCGUGUGUGCCAAACUACAUCUUCCAGACAUACCGCUGUGAUUGCUCUGAACAGUACCUGGGAAUACACUGCGAGAUACCAGUUACUUGCCACGACCAGUCUGAGAGCAUCACGGUCGAUACCAAAGGUGUUUACUUCUGGCAGGAGACUCUGAUCAGGAAGACCGCGUCGCUUCCCUGCAAUGUCGGCCUAGGUACGGCCACCAGGAGGUGCGAGGCCCUGGUGACUAGCGGACUAGUGCUUGCCACAUUCUGGGUGUCCCCGGACACUUCUGCUUGUCAAACAAUGAACUUUACCAAGGAAGUAGCGCAGAACCUGACCUAUUACCUCAUCCACACGACCAGCAACGCAGAAGAGAUGCAAGAGGAGGAGGUGACGUCAUCAACGGAGCUUUUAGUUGCCAUUAUCAUCUAUGCAUACUACGACUACAAGCUGGCCAAUGAUAUCAUGCUUUGCAUCAGCAAUCUCCUUGACGUAAAUGAAACCGUCCUCAGAGACAGCUCCGUCGAGUCCGAGACAAACACAAAGCUUCUGUCCGUCAUUGACUCUUACGCUGAGAACACGGUGCUGGGUACCAACACAACAGCGGCGGAACUGGUCACCGACAACGUCGAGAUUAUGGUGCAAGACGUCGCCAUGGAGCAAGCCAUGGAAACUGGUUCCUACUUCCGGUCUUCCCUACCAGACUCGAAAGGCGUUUCUGUCAAGAUUCCUGCAGAGGCCUUUACCGAGACGGAAUUGAGCGCAGCCUUGGGUGAUCUAGACUCCGUUCGGGUCAACUUUGUGGUUAUGGCCAACACCAAGCUGUUCAUACCGGACGGCGAGCAGAGUGAAGUCGGUGAUGGGUACGCAGUGUCGGCUCGCAUCCACGGCAGGGCCGUCAAGGGGCUGGCUAAGCCGGUUACCAUCGACCUGCCCAUCGAAGAUUCUGAAGUCGGCAAAACUCCGAGGUGCGUCUUUUGGAACGAAGAAGAAGGCCGAUGGGAUACCACUGGACUGGAGUUGAUCUCGACAGCCAACAACUCGGCAGUCUGCGAAUCCGAUCAUUUGACGUACUUCGCCGUCAUCAUGGAUCCUGGGCUGUCAGAUGCCAUCCCCGCAUGUCACGUGAGGAUCCUGAGCAUCAUUUCCAAAGUGGGAGUCAGCGUGACGUUAUGUGGGCUGCUGUUGACUUUCGUCACCUAUCUGCUGUUCAAACAGCUACGAGGAACCCGGUCCGGCAAAAUUCUGAUCCAUCUCUCCGCUUCCUUGUUUGGUCUCAACCUCGUCUUCCUCAUAGACAGCGUUCCCUCGCUGACGUCAUCAUCGGAGAUCGUCUGCCUGACCUGCGCCAUCUUGCUGCACUACUUUGUGCUGACUUCAUUCGCGUGGAUGGGCAUGGAGGCGGUGAACAUGUACCGGGCCCUGGUGCAAGUAUUCGUCCGCGGGAGCACCGGCUGCUUCAUGACCAAAUGCAUGCUCGUCUCUUGGGGUAUGCCUGUUGCUGUUGUGGCGGCGGCAGCGGCCAUGGGCCCGAGUACUAACUACGGACGAGAGGGAGACAUAUGUCUGGUGCUGAAGAAGAACCCUUACGUCUACUACAUCUCAUAUCUCGGUCCCUGCUGCAUCAUAUUGGCAAUCAACAUCAUCGUGUUCGUCAUGGUGCUGCACGCGGUGUGCUCCUGCCGAAGUAAGAAACUGCACAGCGCUGCGGCAAGCAUGCCGAGACACGGCGUACGGAAGACACAGAUUGGCUGCGCCCUAUCCGUGACCUUCCUCCUAGGCCUGACCUGGGUCUUCGGCCUGUUUGCCUUCGGAGAGGCCACCCUGGCAUUCCAGUACAUAUUUACAAUACUCAACACCAUGCAAGGGUUUUUCAUUUUCCUGUUCCGGUGCGCUCUCUACCCGGAGGCCGUCCGCUGUUGGCGUGUCCUCCUCACCCAGGGCACCCUGAACCCUCGCCAGACACCGGGCAACACGGCCGUCAAGAACAACAUGCAGCACAGCCAGAAGACCUACAGCACCAAACCGCAGCAGCCCAGCAACAAGCCCCUGGUGGCGGUGGUGAACGCCGGCUACGUGCCGGACGAGAAGCUCACCGGGGAAAAUCUGCUCCGAGUCCCCAUCAUGGCGGGCCGGAAUCACCGCCACUCUGUGGACUCGUACGAGAAGGAGAUCAACGCGUGGGAGCAAGUCAUGAAGCUGAGGAACGUGACGCUUAGUAAUAUCAAGCCCAGAAAUGACAUCUGAUUCUGAUACGUUUGUAAAGAUCAAGAUGGGAAUAACCAUUACAGGAAGACUAAAAAGAUGCGAUGGGAAUCUGGAAAAGAAGAGGGAGAUACACUGACAAAAUGAAAUAAGGAUAUCUUGGGUAAUUAGCAUAGACCUCUAAGACCAAAUAAAUCAAGUAGAGUUAGAGUAAAAUGGCAAGAACAAACAUAUUCAGCGCAAAUUGUUCAAGUCAGGAAAGCCAUCCAAUCUGAUUGAGAUGUCAGUAUGUUAAGGGAGAUUACUUAUAUAUAGCAUUACUCAAAUUAUAGAAGAGCCAACUUAGUUAAACAGUAACAUACUGUUUGGAGUUUGAAGGGAAAAAAAAAGAGAAGUAUACGGAAUGCGAGUGGAGAGGGAAAGGUUGGUGGUGAUGUGAACAUCAGAGGGACAAUGAAGAGGAAGAGAAUAGUGGAGGUGAGCGAUGGCAGUAUAAGGAGAAGCUUGUUGGUUGUGAUCGGGGAGGCCCGCACUCUGGUUUAGAAAUCAGUCUAGUUGAAUACUGUCUUUUUAAAAAUGAGCUCAUAGUGCUUUAUUUUUCUGUACUUAUUCAUUCCCUGAAAUAAUAGGGAAAAUGAAGAUGUUUUGUUCGCUUCUGUUUCCAGGAUACUGUUGUCUGUAAUCUCUACCGCUGGAAUGUCCUGAACUCCAGGAAGUAGGCCUACCUUCAUAGGUCCGAGGCACGUUUGGUUUGACUCGGCAGCUAUUAAGUCACCUGUCUCAAAAAGGGCGCUGGGAUUGUGUGUGAGGCGCGCAAAGCAUUGUGGGCAGCUUACUGCCUCAUCCAAUACACGUACAUUCUGUGCGCACGUGUCAUGCGCAGGCGGAAGGUUUGGCCCUUGUUAUUGUUCAAACAACAAUUGUCCCCGCGGGGGUUAAAAACGUCAUAUCCCACU